AUUAGUUUUAGUAUCGUGCAGUAUAUAGAAGAUUGAAUCGUACACACGAAAGUCUUCAUUUGUACGACUUUUGCAUCUCUCCUCUACCCCGCCAUGUACCUAAACUACCGAGAGUAUUUACCCCGCUGCUGUAUGUGUCUUGGGUAGUAAAACUACGAAUCGAUUUCCAUUUUCACCCGGGAUCUGAAGAGAAAGGAGGAAGAACCUCCCAUCCGUAUACAUUAAGGGUUUCCAUCUCUAAGAAAAGGCUCUUGUCGUCGACACAAUUCAGUUAGUGGAUCUCAUGACGUUACCGCGACACCGAAUAGCGAGAACCUAAGAAGCCCAGUCCAAUAUCCGAGUGUACCUUCCGUGGCUGGGGUAACAUCCGAUAGACUUCUUUUUCUUGUGCAGCACAUUACUUUCAACCUCGAAUUUUGUUCUGUGUACUUUUCAAACCGCAAAGAUUUAGACAUGGCUCCUUCAGAUACCCCCAAGAAACCCUUUCACAUUGCUGUUUGCGGCGGCGGAAUAGGAGGGCUAUGCAUGGCUAUCGGCCUUCUUCACCAGAACAUAUCAUGCACUCUCUACGAAAGUGCGCCUGCUUUUGCAGAGAUUGGAGCCGGGGUCUCAUUCGGACCCAACGCUAUUCGUGCAAUGUCAUUGAUAGAUCCAGAUAUCAAAAAGGGCUACGACAAGAUAGCAACCAGCAAUGCAUGGCCCGAGAAGAGGAAGUUCUGGUUCGAUUUUAAUCUUGGGCAGAAAAGUCACACGUGGGGCGAUAUGAAAGCUCCUGGAGAAGAAAUGCUCAGAGUGGCUCAAGUUGUUGCAGGCGAUAUUGGGCAGUCGUCAGUUCAUAGGGCUCGCUUCUUGGAUGUUCUAGUCGACCUUGUUCCUGACGGAGUUGCAAAGUUUGGGAAGAGAGUAGAGAAAGUUGACAAGAAAGGCAAGAAGAUGAUACUAACUUUCCAUAAUGGUUCCACUGCGGAAGCUGAUGCAGUGAUUGGCUGUGAUGGUGUGAAAUCAAGAACAAGACAGAUUCUCCUAGGGGAGGAUCAUCGUACUACCGAUCCCACUUUCACGGGAAAGUAUGCCUACAGAGGGUUAAUACCAAUGGAGAAAGCAGUGGGUGCAAUAGGAGAGGAAUUGGCUAGGAAUUCUCAAAUGUACAUGGGCCGGCAUGGACAUGUAUUGACUUUUCCCAUUGAGAAUGGAAGAACCAUGAAUGUCGUUGCUUUUCGGACGAAAGAAGACGGAAAAUGGGAAGACGAACGGUGGGUGCUACCGAUGAAAAAAGAAGAUAUGUUUGACGACUUUGCUGGUUGGGGAGACAGUGUGCAGCAGAUUUUAUCGCUUAUGGAGAAACCCGAUGUAUGGGCAUUAUUCGACCAUCCUCCGGCACCAACUUACUACAGAGGCUGUCUUGCAAUUUUAGGAGACGCUGCUCAUGCCUCAACCCCACAUCAAGGUGCUGGAGCAGGCCAAGCCAUUGAAGAUGCUUUCAUUCUAUCCAAUCUUCUUGGCCAGGUUGAAUCGGUAAAUGAAAUUGAGAAGGCAUUCCACGCCUAUGAUGCUAUUCGAAGACCCAGGAGUCAAAAAGUUGUGACGACUAGCCGUGAAGCGACAGCGAUUUAUGAUUUCGAAGACGAAAAGCUCGGGACUGAUCUGGACUUGAUCAAGCGGACGCUGGAAACUCGGUACGACUGGAUAUGGAACGAAGAUUUGCCCCAGCAGCUGAGGAGAGCCCGAGAGAUUGCGGGACAAAGGGCGCAUUUGUGAAUUUGCAAUUAGUCAAUAGAAUCGUCUCUGAGCGC